AUAUGGCUAAGCUUUCAGAAAAAAGUCUUAAGACGGAAAAGACUACAAUUGCUAAGGUUAAUGAAAAAGGAGAAGUUCCAGAGCAAGAAAAAAGAGUUCAGGAGAUUAUAGAUAGUUCUAGAAAAGAAUUUGGCAAAGAUUUAGUCAGUACAUUGGAAGAUAACAAUCAAGAAUCUUAUUGUGGACUCUUAGAAAAUUCUACCUUUCUAAGAUUUAUGAGCUACUUGUACACGGGACCUUCAGAGUCAACCAAUCCACAAAGUGGUCCCUGUUCAAUCGAGACAACUCUUUUAUUUAGUUUAUUACUUGACAAGAAAACACAAAUUAAAAUCGUGACUCUUCAAACAAGUAAAAGAAAGUCUUUAAAAAUAAUCCUCUUUAAACAAUUAUAA